AUGUCACUAUGGCCCGCGUCAGACAUCACCACGCUUCUUUCGGACUCUGUGGAAGACCAGCCAAGCAAAAAGCCUUGCAGAACGUGUACGGACUUCAAAUCAUGGGCUAAGUUACAGGGAAAGGUUUGUUGGUUACGAAGUCCACUGGACAGGACAGAACUGGGGCGCAACACCUGGUCUUUUCUACACACAAUGGCGGCGUAUUAUCCAGAUAAACCCUCAACUCAGCAGCAGAGUGAUAUGAAAAAGUUUAUUCUCCUAUUUUCCAAAUUUUUUCCAUGUGAAGAGUGUGCAGAAGAUCUAAGAGAAAAACUCAAAAACAACACUCCAGACACAACAAGUAGAAGAAAUCUGAGUCAGUGGUUUUGUCGACUGCACAAUGAUGUAAACAAGAGACUUGGAAAACCUAAAUUUGAUUGCAGCAAAGUUGAUGAGCGAUGGCGAGAUGGCUGGAAAGAUGGCAGCUGUGAUUGAUAAAAUUGUUUUUAUAGAAUUUCAUACAUUUCUGGUUUAAUGUAUUGGUGGAGGAACGUUAUGUUUCCUUAUUCCAGAGAAUUUAUAUACAAUGUUCAUGUAGAAAGUUUGACAACUAAUUGAAACUGAUUGACCAUUAUUCUGUUACAUGCAAGGUCUCAACUUACUGAAGCUAGGUCAUUUUAACUCUGCAUACAUGUGUAGUACUUAGUACGUAGGGGGAAAAAAAGAUAUUGUAGAAUGUAUUUGGGAUAUUCCGCGUUGUGAAGGGGUGUCAUAUUUUUAAUUUUUGUUUGAAUGACACAAACUGUUAUUCUCAUGUAAUUUUGUUUAUCCAUUUUACUGCGAAUUAUGUACAAAUAUAUUAACUUUAACUUGCGAAAGAACAGAGAUGUAUCAGGAAAAUGUAUUAGUGUUUAAGUACAUACAAAUUUACCAUAUUUUACACCACGGAGUUGUCUCCCUUGCAUAUGGGACGCGACAGGUGAUUUGAGAUAUUGGAAUCGGUGGGCACAUCUUUGGUACAUGUACAAUGAAAUGUUCUGGCCUUUUUCCAGAUGGUUACCGGUAUUUCUAUCAGAUUCAGUCAUUUGAAGUAUUAAGUGACUUAGAUAUGAUAACCCAGUUUCGUAUGAAUUUACCCAUUAUUUCAAGUACCACCAUAAGCCUAUAUGUGGAGCAGACAAGACGGAGUAAAGCCAGCCUAGGAGUGGUAUAAUAUAUGGACUGAAGCAUAGGUAGAUAGCCAAACUAAUAACUUAUCACGCCGUUAGCUGUAUUGAAGUAUAGGAUUUCCAACUGGAACACUAAACG